AUGACCCAACCUCCCCAGCCAGUGAUUCUGCAAAACCUGUCAAUUCCGCGCCCCAGCAGUGGCAAUCUGGCGGCGUUGGCAGAAAAAGACCGGCCUAUCGCCGUGUUUUCCGAUUUCGACGGCACGAUCUUUUUCCAGGACACAGGCCAUGUGCUGUUUGACAAAUUCGGCUGUGGUCCUGAGCAGCGCGAGCGUCUCGACAAAUCAAUUGGCAAGACAAUGUCGUUUAGGGCCGCUUCUGAGGAGCUGUGGGGCUCGUUGAACGUUACGCUCCCCGAGGCGAUUGCCGAGCUCAAGAAGAAGCUCACGAUUGAUCCGGACUUUUACACGUUCUUCGAGUACUUGCAGACCCACGACAUCCCGUUCACCGUCAUCUCUGCUGGCAUGAAGCCGCUGCUCCGCGCCGCGCUGGACGAAUUCCUCGGCAAGGAGAAGAGCGCCAAGAUCAAGAUCGUGUCCAACGACGGCGAGAUUUCCGAAGAUGGCACAGUCUGGAAGCCUAUUUGGCGCCACGACUCCGAGCUGGGACAUGACAAGGCCCGCAGUGUGCAGGAGUUCCGCGACAGCGUCGAGGGCGUGCAGCCCAAAGUCGUGUUCUUGGGCGACGGUGUGUCCGACCUGGCGGCGGCUUCUCAGGCAGACAUCCUGUUCGCUCGCCGGGGCUUGGCCCUGGAGGAGUACUGUAUUGAAAACAUGAUUCCUUACAUCCCUUAUAAUCGCUUCAAGGAAAUCAUUGUUGACGUCAAGAAGCUCGUCAAGGGCAACAAGUACCAUGACCCCGAAGCUAAAGAGGCCGCCCGUCGGGCCAAGAUCGCCCAACUCACCGGUCUCUCGCCAUUGACUGCUGCUACCGGCGACAAGCCGCCCAGCAAAGGAUUCAGUCUUGGUGCUGCAAGUAGCGACGAAGAAGACGAAGACGAAGAUUCUGACGUCGAGGCUGCUGCUAAACCUCCGGCCCCACAGUCGCCCCCGCAUUCGCCCCCGCUUAAACCGGUUCUAGACGAGCGUCCCGGCCUGGAUCGUAAACACUCAACAGGAACCGUGCCUGUGCCCGCUGGCAAACCAGCCGGCAAGCUGGCUCCGUUCGAAGAAGACGAUGCUUAA